UUAGGGAGGGAUGCUGAGUCAUCAGCAAGCAGCGUACUCCAGGCAGCGUGGCCGGGAGGCUAAAGCACUAGACUGGGAUUCAGGAGACCUGGGUUCUACAGCUAAUUCUUCUUCCGGGUGACUGGGCAAGUCGCUGCCCCUUCUUUGUGCCUGUUUCCUCAUCUAGCAGAUGGGGUGAGGAUACUGAUCCGCUUUGUAAAGCGCUUGUGAUCUGCCAAUGGCAAGUGCUGGAUAGGAGCUAGGUGGUAUUCCUGGUGCUCUGGGGCCUGUAGUGAGUAUUUUCCAAACCGCAGCUUGAGUUAGCUUCCAAGUUGAUGCAUCUGGAGUGAAUAUCUCACACAAAUCCAUUUGCUAUUAAUACGCUAUGAAUAAUCCAUCUCCGAUUCAGUAGCUUUGAGGACCAAAUUCAUUUAAAGAGAGACAAGGGCUGUUCAGGAGCCUUGGCAAGCAGUUAUUUUAAUGCCGCCCGAUGGGAUGUUAUGGAAGCAGAUGUGACUUGCACGUCGUGAUCAGCGGAUAAAUGAAUGCACAGCCCCUGGCACCUUGAGAGCACUUUGCAGGAGUUGCCAACAGCUCCUUGCAGCCAGCUGGUAUCUGCGUGGAAGUCAUUCUUUGCUGAAAUGCAGGCGUUGUACGUGGAGGGAGGCAAAGAGUGAAGCUAAAGAGAGCUAGGACGGGGAUAUUACAGCUUCUUCCUUGGGGUUGUGCAGGUGUCCUAGAAUUGGGCUGUGCCGAGGACGGAAGCAUCACAAGGGGGAGUCAUUUAAAGGAACCACUGCAGAGAGCAUAUUUCUUGUGCUGCAUGCGGGUGGGAACGUUUGGAAAGAUACCAUGAACCUCAGUGGCUUUGUCUGAGAAUGCCUUGGAUUCUGCUCUGCCUGCUGUGGGCUGCUCCCAGUCUCUUUGGUGGGGUCCGUGGCAGCCCUGCUAGAGAAGGCCAGAGGCGCUCGGCGAAGUUGACUCCCCUUCACAGUAGCGCCUUGGCGGCUGCUGAAGGAGCCAAUGCAGUUUCAGCGCAAGGUGUGAAUUUCCCCGGUGUCAUGCAGGAGAACUGAUUUGAAUGUGUUCUCUGAGGCAGACCCACCUGCAGAGAACGUCUCCUGCGGCGCUGGGCUGUCGCCUGCGUUAGUGUAGUGUGUUAAUGCCAUGGCUUAUUGUGGUUGUCACACCCCUGGGGAGUUCGGCACACCUGCUAGGCUUCUCGGCUCGCUCAUGGAGAGUUUAUUGGAAACGUUGUCAAUUGGGCUCUUGCUGCAGUUACUGCUGUGUAUGGAGUAGCUGUGAUGCUGCAGAUGUGCUCAGCUGUAUUGCAUUGGGGCUCUGAAGAAGCCCAGGCCCCUCUGUGUGACAGUGAGCUCUGCAUUGGGCCAGGAACUGCCCAGACUGGUCUCUUCCUGAACAAAUACAAAGUGUUCACAUACGCUCGGCAUGUGAGCCGCACCACACAGCCGGGCAGAGGGCACGGCGUGCAUCGGAUCUGCACACAAAUCGCCCCCUCUCUCCAGACAUGAUUUCUUUGCAGCUGGACCAUUGCUCUUUAGAGCCAGACAGGCUGGAUUGAUUUACUAUCUUCCCCUUUCACUGGAUCCGUUUGACUUGUGUUCAUAACUUGGUGCUAAAUCAAGGCCCUACUUUGUUGUAGGCCCUCAAGUAAUGGCAGUGUGUGUGAAUGUGUGAAGCCGCUCAGCAGCGCGCGCUCUCUGCCGCUCUGGCCGCAGGGUAUUGGAGCCAGCAAAGAGAGUCGCUGCUCGGGAGUUCAGCUUGGGAUUGGAUUUUCUGUUCUAACUGGAUUGGGUCUUUAUGUGUUAUCUUUGAAGUGAGGCGUGACAGUCCCCUGCAUGCCAAUGGAGAGCUGAGGGCGCCUGCUCCAGAGCCGGGCUCUCGCUUCCGGGCUCUCUUUGCUUACAAGCGAUUCUGUCAGGGCUUUUGGUCCUCAAGUCUGUCUGACCUACUUACUUCUCGCUCUCUCAGAGGGCAAGACAGUCAUUCUUUAAAAUAAAAGUAGGCUUUUCACUGAGAAACAGACCUUGCCUGGGGGAAAAUGGUCCCUAGUUAGACAUCCCACAAAAGCAAACUGUCGUCUUUCCUCUCCUAGCUUCCCAGUAGCACUUACUGAAUCAAUUCCCUCUCAGUGCUGUGCGGCUCGCAGUGCUUCUGGGGCGCGGUCACCACACUUAGUACCGGAGCGUUUUACAAAGGUGAGUCAGUUUCAUUGGCCCCAUUUUGCAGAAGGGGAAACUGAGGCUCUUAGCGGCUGUGACUUGCCCAGGGUCACACAGACUGGUGGAACCGGGAAUGUGAUUUGGAGACACUCUGGAUGUAUGGUCAGGAUGAGCGAGAGGCUGCCAUUGUCCCUGACCAGCAGUCUUAUCCUCUCACCUUCGAUUAGCCCCACUCCUGUUUCUCCAGAGCCUGUCCUUGGAAAUGCUUACAGCUCUGGGAGGCUAUGACUUGUCUCGAUGCAUGAGGCAGACCAGGACUCAGCUCAAUGUUCCAAGUGCAGAAUCUUUCUUACUGGCGGUGCGUGGCCAGAAGAGACCUGGGUGACUUUUGGGUCCCACUAGAAGCACUACAACGGCACAGCUUUAGUGCGGCAGCUGCACCACUGUGGCGCUGUAGCGUAGACACCACAGUAUCGGGAGGGGCUUUUCCGUCACUGUAAGAAAUCCAGGUGUUGUAGCUAGGUUGAGGGAAGAAUUGGUCCAUCGACCUAGUGGGGUCUACACACGGGUGUAGGUCGGCUUAAUGACACCACACUGGGUGUGACAUUUUUCACGGCCCUGAGCGAUGUAGUAAGCCAACCUAACUGUAGUGUAGACCACCCCUUCUGCCAAGGGGUUGUUAGGAAAGCAGCUCUUGCAAAUGGAAGUUGUUGGGAGGGUCAGCGUUUGCCAUGGCCCCUUUCCAUUUAAACGGGAGUAAACGAGGUGACUUUGGAACUCCGGAGAAAGGGGAGAACUCUGAAAGUUGUCGGCCCCAGUGUAGGUGGGCGUAGUCCAUGGAGUCGCGCUGGGUCUGACUGUGUCCCUGUGUCUUGAUCCAGUCCUGGCCUGCUUAGGUGUUGUGACGUCCUUGCUGAAUGGGACCUGCUUGGAGAGCGCUCCUGGAGUGUUUGGUUACACCCAGUGCUCGUCUGUGCUUCCACCCCAGAGAUCCCUGCCAAGUCCGCCGAGACGCCACAUGUGCCCUCGCUGCUGUAGUUUGGCUUAGUAACAGCUGAAAUAACACCUAGGGUCUGCAGCUCCCAUUGACUUCCAGGGGUGUGGGCACCUCUGAAAGUCAGGCCUGGUCGGGGCCUAAAUAGACACCUGAACUCUCCCCCCAACCCCCGCGUAUGAACAGCUUAGCCAUGGUCUGACACAAGAAACUGAGAUCGGUCUCCCUUUGGCGCUGCUGAAAUCCCGUUGGGCUGACGGACACGUUGAUCCCGCAUCCUUGUGCCUACCUUGUGGGCUAGCCUGCUCCCCAGCAGGACCUGGGGUAGUGAGACUCCGGGUGAGGCAAUCCAUACAGAUGAGACUUAAAAAUAAACGGUAAAUCUUCCUGCUACAGCUAUGGCGCCAAUGUCAGCCUGAUGAGUUCUGCUCUGCAUCGUAUUGCAGCAGCACCAGUGAUAGGCCUGCCAGUCUGGCAGCUCGGGCCUGUCGGGGCAGUACUUGAUCCCAGUGCUUUCGCAGGGGUGGGCGUCCUGGAUGGCCACUGGGCCCUGUUCUGAGUGUGCUGGCUACCCAUGUACCAGUAGGCCAGGUUGUUACCACACCACUGAUUUCAGUCCCAUCUCAGUUCUCCCGGUAUCUGUCACGUAAUUACUAGUCCAAAUCUCAAAGCAAAGGCUCUUCUUUCUCCGCUCCGAUCUGGCUGUCAGAGCAAAGCCUGGUUUGGCACUAGCAGCCAGUGCAGAGCUGCCUGGGGAGCAGGGUGGAUGAAAAUCCAAUUUUUUGUUGAAAUUAUCUUUUUAAAAAAUAAACCUGUUUAAAAUCGGAAUUUAAUACAGACUAUUUAUUAUACUGUGUAUAUACUAUCAAUUUAUUAUCUCUUGAAACAUUUCUCUAACCAAUAACUCUGCUGUUGUGUCUGUAAUUCCAGUUACCACCCUAGCGCAGCUUGAUACGAAUCAUGACCAGAGUUAGUCAGGAGCUAGUCAGGAGCUGUGUAUCAUUCACCACUUGGUAACAUUUUACAGAUUCUCAGUGAAGCUAGAUAAUUGCUUAAAUAAACGUGGUUAGCUACAGUGGCUCCUAGGCAGCAGAGCGAUGUCCAGAUCUUGUGUAAAGGCUCUAGUUGAUUUAGUUGUAGAUCAACGUGUGUAACUGGUUAGAUCAACCAAUUAGAAUGUGCUUUUGUUUAGAAAAUAACUGAAGUCCCAGUGGAAAAGUCGAGUUCAAUCGGGCAGUGAUUUAAAUCAGUCCACCGGGCUGGGUACUGAGCUCUAGUCCUGGCAGGUUGGAGUGUCAGGUUCACCCCCUGUGUUGACACAAGACCUUCCUUCCACUUACUCAGCCCUUGCAAAACACACACGCCCCUGCAACUGGAGCUGUUGUGGUGAAGGCCCUAAGUCCUGCUCCUUCAGCUCCUGUUGCCUUCAGCGGGAGCCUUGCCUGAGUAAGGACUGCAAAAUUGUCUUAAUCUAGUGGUCCCUGGUUAUGCGCAGUGGCCUAUGACUAAGACGUGCUAUUAAUAAAAUGAUUUGGGGAUCCACGUGGACUAGCCACCACGCCUGGCAGGCAGAUGCUUCCAUUUUACCUCUUUCCCAGAGUGCAUAGGUAGUGCUGGGGGUGGCAGAAUGCUUUGCAGGCUGGAUUGCAGAGAGCGAUGUUGCAGUCAUGCCAUUGGUAGUAGAAUUGCAUAUUUAUGCCAUAAAGCACCUAUAUGGCUCUUCCAGCCUAAAAUUGGGCCCAUGUAUAAUGUUUUCGUGUCUUCAGAACUGUACAAACAUUGAGCAUUUGUAUAACGGCCCACUAUCACUCACAAGCACUGGAUAGAUGGGCAUUGCUCUUGUACACUUGCUCGUGAACUGCAGAACUGGUUAGAAGCAGCAGCGUUUUUAGCCACUUUGCUGUAGGUUUUUUUAAAACCUUCUCUCUGUGGAGGUCGUUCUGGCUUUGGCUUAGCUCGGGGUGACCAGACUCUCCUGGUGGAAUUCCAUUAAACGGUUCCCACAUUGUUACAGCAGGGACUGGCCAUCUGUCGGAGCUACGCAAAAUGACUUGCACUGCAGGCCUGUUCCUUGCCCUGCAUAGUCUGGAUUAUAAAUCAGUUCAUCUCUGCUUGGCCUAUGCCUAGGGAAACCCUGCGAAUGCUUGGCUGUGUCCCUGGGCCCGGGAGCCUGCUUUCGCUAGAUUGCAGGGAAGGACGAGAGGCCUAACUCUCCCCACGCUGAAAGAGAAGAAUGCAAGGGACUGUGGUGGCCAGUGCUGCCUCCCAAGGCAAUGCUCAGAGAUCCCAGCCUGUGAAAGAAUCCCUCCUAGAAAGUGGAGGGGGCAGAGAGGCAGGCAAACCAGCAUGACCGGUUCCUUGUGGCCUACAGGGAAAAAACCUACAGGCUAGCAAAAGGAACAAGUUACAGGCCAGGGAGUUCCUGGAACCAGAAGGGCUGUGAGGGUAUCUUUGAGGAGUGCUCCACAGCCAGCUGGUCCGUUAACAAGUGAGGAUGGGUGGGAAUGACUCAAACUGCAGAGGACAUAGAACUCAUGGGAAUAAGGGAGAGCAGUCUGGACAAGCCUGAGCCCGAGUGUCUACACUGGAACAUCAAAGCCCUGCAGCCCGAGUCAGCUGAGAUGGACCAGCCCUGGUGUGUUGUUACGUGUGGACAUACGCAGAGAGGGAGUCGGGAGAAGACACUGGCUGGGACUGGCCCUCGUGGGGCCGAGGAAGUGGCCACCAGCUAGCGCGUGAGGGGCGAAGUUCCCUGCAGCACCGCGUCCAGGCAGGAGGGGGUGCCCUAGAGGUGAAGAUGCUCUUACAGACCCUUAGCACCUUUGGAAAUUGCUGUCCGCCUAGCCAGUAGCGUCUCCUCUGUUCCUGCAUUGAUCAGUGCUGAAUCUAAUUUCAUUACAGUCUCCUUGCCUAGUAGAUUCUGUUAUUGCACCUAAAUUCUGCUCUGAGACAGUUCCCCAGUUCUCCUGUCCUAUAUGAGAUGAACUAAACAAUAGCCCUUUUUUCUUUUCAAUGGUGAGAGUUCAAUUUAUUCGAAACUUACAAGCAGCUGUUUGAGCUCUUAGUGGAGGGGGAUGUUAGAUCAUCAGCAAUUGCUAAAGAAAUGUCAGUUUUAUUUGAACUAUAAGCUACUAACUUCAAUCAAACAUAAGGCGCUGGGGUCCUUUUUCCUCUUGCAGCAUAUUGUUUGGGCGGAGGUGUGGGUCGUGCAGUCGAAUGCAUCCUCCUUUCCCCUCCCCAAAUGCCUUUAUGGGGUCACAUUCGAAAGCCUCAGAAAGCCCUCGAUUCUGCCUCCGUUUCCUGUUGUCGGCCAAACGAUCAGUAGAGGAUUUUAAAAAAUAAAAUGUAGAUAAGAAAAGUUCUCUCGUUAGUUUCCGUCACAUGCAUCCCCAUCCCUCUCUGCACCUCAGGGGUGGUUCUGUGGAAUGGGGGGAGGGAAGCCCCUAAGCUUUUAUAGGAGGGGUGUUUCCUGCCUGCCAGAUCGCUGUUUCCUUUGCUUCAGUUUGAUGUGAUGACAGGAUUCCUUGAUCCUGCUGACAUGUUGCCUUUGCCAAAUGAAGAAAAUGAAGAUUUCUGGGAAGCUGUUAACGGAUGGCCCAAUGUGGCAGCCCUCCAAAGGAGGGAAGCUCCUGCUGUGGUGCAAAGCGGGGCCAUGCUCCAGUGAGGACCCUGGAAUUUGGCCCUGUGGCAUCAGAUGUAUUUGUUCCAGGUUUGUUAAAAAUGCACCGUCAGUGCCCGUGGGUGGUUGUUAAUUCAUGAGGAGUGUCUGAGUCCUGCAAACUGAAGCAGGUAUGUCUGUCUGCACUCCAGGCUUCUCAGACACAUGGCCCACCUCGAAUUGAGAUGGCAGCUUGGUCUCUUAAAACAUUUAUGAUACAUUUUUAAAAGCCCGACUGACCGUAAAUUCUGAGAUGUUUUGCAGAGUAAAUUAGUUAUGUGGCAGCCUCAGUGCUUGUUGGAAACAGAGACUCGGGAAUGCUGCACUUCAGGGUUGGGUCGGGAAUAGUGAGUCCAGGAUCUGGAAUACUUUCGAGAGGCAGAAGAAGGAAAGUAUGGAAGUGCUCUAAUCUUGCGCAUAGUCCAAAAGCUACUAUAGCAACAUCGGGCAAUCAGUCCACCAUCAGAAGGGUUGGAAAUUCCACUCUGAUCUGUAGUUCAAAGCCACUGCCCUCCCGGAGGAUGAAAUGUUUGCUUCCUCUUGGUUUGCAAAUGCAAACUGGCUGUAGAAGCAUUGUCACUAUAAAAUAUACAUCUGGCACGGUACCCAAAUCCCUUUGAAAGGUGAGGAAACGUGCUUGUGACCUGUGAAAGGCACUGCUGCAUCUCCAGUGAAAAGUCGUGAGUGGAUCAUAAAGGAUCAAUACUGAAUUCUGUAGAAAACAAGUUAUUUCCCUUUACAGCACCUCUGGAGUUCACAAAUGUCUAGAAAAUGUAGACUACUUCCAGCAUGGGUUUGAUCUGUGUAGAUUUUCCAAGACUAAGCACAGUUGGUCACUAAAAUCCAAUGGGCUUUUGAGCAUGAAGUUUGGUUUAGUUAUUCUUUAAAAGGGUGGGGGGAAAAGACUUGUUCUUAUGCCCUAUAGAAGUGCUUGCAAAUAGACCACUUCUGAGUUGGGUUUAUUGGGCAGAUGACCUAGUGGGUGGGACACAAGCUGAGUUCUGACUACAAAGGAGACCUGCUUGCCUUGCCAUCCAGAAAACACUUCCCUCCUUCUGAGCUCUAGGUUUUGUUGGUGGCAACUGAAGAAACUGGGAAGAAGAUGCUUCCUUUAUUUUUGUGUAUAAAAGACAAAUUAAAUGGCAAAUGUCUUUUUUUCCCCCCUCUGGUUUAUCCAAAGAGCCUGUCUGUGUUCGGUGCCUUUUGCAUGCUGCCCUGCUUUGGGUCUUUCAGAUCGCUUCCACCACAAAGCAGAGGCUAAACCGUCUGAGCGUAUGAAACCCUUAAAUGUUGAGAUCGGUUUCCCGGUAAGAAUCCUGGUCAAUAAAGGACAAAGCAAAAGAAAUGCCGGGAAUCAGCUGUCCAAACUGCAUUGUGUCAGAAGGGCGCAUUUUCCAUGAGGCGCAGACUUAAUAUUAAGGGGCUGUAAACAUUGCUGUGAGAAACUCUUUUUCAUCAGCUGUCUUGACUGUCUUCUUGAACGUAACAAAAGAUGUUUUGUUUUUUGUUUUUUUUAAUAAAGAUUCCAAGAUCUUACGCCAGCAUUCCUUCUCAGAGUUUUCUCCUUGUUUCUCUUGGUAUACGGUAACAUGCUCCAAUGGGGCUGUUUUUUGAGCUCAGUUGAAUUCAGGGGCUCUUAAUUUUAAAACUGACCUUUGCUGAGGUGUUUGCAGUGUUGUUGUAGCCGUGUUGGUUGCAGGAUAUUAGAGAGACCUUUCCCAGACCCGAGGAAGUGCGCUUUGUCGCUCGAAAGCAUCUCUCUUCCACCAACAGAAGCUGGGCCAAUAAGAGAUAUUACUUCACCCACCUUGCCAAGUAGUUAAUCCAUAAUGUGCAUUGGGCCACACUUUAAAAUGAAGUGACCUGUUCGUUAGAAAACUAGCUCCCUUUUCUCUCCGAGCUGCUUUAGCUUAGACGUUUUCUGCUUUUUUUCUUCUAGGACAGACCCUUUAUUUGAACGCCUGUUUCAGUAGACUGGGACUUCUGCUCUGGCACAUGCGAUGUAAAGCAUUCAGGGAUUAAAGAGCAUCCAUCAGAACUGUGUGUGAAUCCUUCCCCAAUCAACCCCACAGUCACUCAGGUUAAUUCUGGGGAUUUUCCCCUCUGUUCCACUGAACGAUUGCGCGUCAGACUGAUGAGGGUUGAGUAAUGAUCCCAGAGGCACAGUGAGGUCCCAGGGGUUUGAAGCAGGAGUGCCCUGAUUCUAUCCUGGAUUUGCCAGUGACUUGCUUUGUGACCUUGAACAAGUCCUGUACUCCGUUUCUGUGGAAUGGUGGUAGCAGCUCUUUGUCUAGGGGGCCCAUUGCAGUCGUGUCCACUUCCGUAGCAUCUGAGCACGGCUCGUCCUCGCACGGCUGGGCAGGAUGGGUGUGUGCAACGUCCAAGAUCUAUGGGAAGUGCUGUUGUGUAAGUAGAGGACUAGAUAGCAACCCCUUCCUUUGCAUGGACUGCGAUGGGGAUUCCAUACUUGUAGCAAGCUGCUGAACUUGGAUUUCCGCUCAGCUGAGAACUCCUCGCUAAUCAUCUGACUGUUCCUACAGGCCACACGUCAAGAGGAUGGGGAGCAGUUCUUCAGGGCUUUGAUCUUUUUAAAGAGGAAGUUGGGUGCUAGGCACGGCUUUCAAAUACCUCAGACUGAAUCAUAAAUCCCUUUACCUGGCGCGCGUUUCCCAGCUGUGACUGCUAGCUAAUUACCCCCAAACUAUUUUCAUCUUCUCCUCCGAGCUAUGAAAUCACAGUAUUGGCCUUGUGACAUCACAGUCACUUCUGUGGCAACAGGCCGUGCGAACGUCAACACGAAAGCAUGAGUUCAUCACAGGAAGGAUGGGAGCACACGUGAUGUUGCUCGGAGCGCGCUCCUAGUCAGACACACCGACGGCAGUGAAGGCAGCGCAGACAAACCCCAGCCAAGUCUGUGACGUUAUUUCUCUUACCAAGAAAUUUGUUCUCUUUCAGGUCUGUUCUUGUGUGAGUUCCUAUCUGAGUGGAUGUGAUGUCUUACUCCGAUUCGCUUGCCUCCUCCUUUGUUGUGAGGAUAAGGUGGGUGAGGUAGUGUCUUAUUGGACCAACUUCUGUUGGUGAAAGAGACAAGCUUAUGAGUUUACGUGGAGCUGGGAUUAGUGUCUGGAAAGUGGUGGGAUGAGUCAUAGCUCUAGAUGAGGUCUAGAUUUUGUUGAAAAGCAGGACCUCAUCCCGAACAGAGCUGGUGUCUGGAAGGGCGCUCGGGUAGCUGGAUUGCGGCUCUAACUUGGUGUGCCGUGUUCAGACAAGGAGCCUGGUUAUUUAAAGAGACGCUUCUAGCUGAAUGUUUUUCAUAGUAAUGUUUCAAAUGCCACUUAAUAUCACUGUAAACGAAAGACUUAGAGCGACAAAUAUUUUUCCUCUCUCUUUUCUUUGGUUAUUUAUGUAUUUAACAGCAGUUUGUGUAGGGGCAGUUUCACUCUUUCCCGCUGUCUGUGUGGAUCUUUCACACAGCACCAAGAGAGGGAAAUGUUUAGUGGAGUGGUUGUAAAACCACAAAUAUUGGCAUGUGGGCUUUAGGGCAGGGAAAGUCCUUUACAUUAUUUUGAACUCUGGUGUUUGAAAUUGACUCUCUUUCAGCCUGCUGGUGUCCCUUUAAACUAGGCAGUCCAUGUAAAUGGUGACCCAGAACCCCCCUAAUUUGCUCUGAUGGUUUUGGGAGGAAGGGGUACUGUGGGAAUGACGGGAUUCUGUGAAUUAGCGUGAAAGGAAAUGAACACAGCUUAAAAAACCUGCUUUGAUAACAUCACAAAAUGUACAUGAUUUAUGUAGACAAUACGGAUUGCCUCACUAGUAAAUUGUUCUAUAGUUUAUCUUGUAGGAAUAAUGAAGUCUUAUUACGAGCCCUCAUUGCAGCAUCUGUUGCUCACUUCCCACCUCUCAAAGGUUGGCCAGGGUUUAUUUUCUGCAUUAUAAAGUUGUGGACUGGCACCAUCUUGCUGUGUCAUGUCACUGCCUGUUAAACUCCCUGUUUUGCUUAUGCUGGGAUCUGGGCAAGGGGUCUGAAAUCAACAUGCUUUAAAACAUCAAAGCAAAAGAUUGAAUUAUCAGGUGUUAACACAACAUGUGCUUUUAAUGUGGGAUGGUUUCUGCCUAGGAGUACUCUGGUGUCUUUCUUUCUUUGGUUCUGCUGUGUAAAGUUUUCAUCCUCUCUCGAUUUUUGCCUGGAGCACACGUAACUCCUGCUUUGACAAGUGAGUCCUGGCAUUCGUCACAUUCCAAUCCCAUUACUCGCUGCUGUUUUGAGAGUUUGAAUUUUGUAAUUUCAUGUUGUCAGACUAAUGGCUCUGACAGGUAUCGGUGUCUUGCAGUCACCUGGUGAUUCACCAUCUUGUGCCUUUAUCUGCUUCCUCCACGGAAAUGUUUCAUUUGUGACAGUGGCUGGCUUGGGCAGGCCGUUAAUACCCAGGUUAUACAAAGGCCCAACAGCAGCUGGUUGUCGCUGUGCUAGGUAAGCUAGAACUCAGAGACGCUAUUAGGAGAUUUCUGUAUGAACAGUUCAGACAGUGAAAUACGCUCCCAUCGGGUGCUUUGGAGUCACUGUUAGACGCUGGGCCAGAUUUUCAGGCGCUCAGCUGGCCCUUUGCGUUGGCGCUCGUGUGGGAUCUGAGCCUUUUUGAAAAUCUGGCCGUUAAUGCUUCCUUCUCAGGGACGGUUCAGGAAGAAGAGAUUCUACACUGCUGUGACCCAGGGGUGCUGACUCCAGGUCUCUUCCAUCUCAAAUGGUUCUGGAUGAUGAUUUACACGAGAAAAGACAGAGAUACAUUUAUGGCUUGUGGCUCCCGGCUGGGAAUUCUGCAGCGUUAGCUCUUGAUUUAUGCUGAUGAGCUGUGGAUGCCAUGGGCCCGUUAAACCCCGCGUAAGCAGCCUCCUGCCGUGGAGGAAGUGGUGUAGAUUGAUGGGGGGGUAGGAUCAAGGUAGCUGGUUUGUUCUUUUCUCAAGUGAGAUGAUGGGGUUAAAAAGGAAUUGAAUUCAGGAUGCUUUGCAGCUCUCGCCAGUCACAGGCUUCCUGGGCAAGGGCGGAGCCUUCCCCGCUAGGAACCUAAAAGCGGGUCCAGACACAGGGUCUGGGGGAUAGUAGCUGCCGCUGGCAGCUCUUCCAGAUGUGAUUGAACUAGUUGCCUCUUAAGGAAUUUUGCCACCGAUCUCGCCCCUUAAGCUGGCCGGGAGGCGGCGCUCGAACUCACCGGUGUUGCUCUCCUGAAGCCAAGUCCGCGGAGAAGUGCUCAGGGUCCGUCUGCAGUUGAAAUCCCAGGAUUCCGUGUCGUUGUGGACUCUCAGGAGGGCGGGGCUGCUGACGUGGGUUGUUCCGGACGGUGCGGCCCACUCCUUGCCCUGGCACUCGCCGGGUUGUGUUGCUGAAACGGCCUGCAGGUCCCUGACUGGUUCUGUCUGAAUUACAGGUGUAUGAGGGACCAAACGCUCCGCGGACACUAAGCAGACAGAGCCAGCCAGGAGUGGGAAAGGAUGCCGAUACCUCCUCCCCCUCCACCGCCUCCUGGCCCCCCUCCACUGCCAACCUUGCAUCAGGCAAACCCUGAGCUCCCGAAGCUGACCCGAGGUGAGCAGCGAGGUAGAGGAGCCUUGCUCCAAGAUAUCUGCAAAGGGCCCAGGCUGAGAAAGGUGACGCACGUCAAUGACCGGAGCGCUCCAGUCCUGGAGAAACCCAAGGGAGGAGGUGGUGGUGGCUCCGGCUCCGGCUCCAGCUCCGCCGCACUCCAGCCCAAAGGCGGCCUCUUCCAAGGGGGCGUCCCUAAGCUCAGACCCGUAGGAGCGAAGGACAACUCAGACAGCUCCUCCAGCAAGCAGUCGCUGCAGGUCCCUGGCUCCAGAUCAGCAGCCCCCAGGCCCCCGGUGCCCAUGACCAACAGCCGACCUCACGAUGACUCCGACAACAACCGGGCUUCCCCCCCCGAGCUUCCCCGGAUGCAGAGACCCUCCUUGCCUGACCUUUCCCGGCCCAACAGCACCAGCAGUACCGGCAUGAAACACAGCUCGUCUGCCCCUCCGCCCCCGCCUCCAGGCCGCCGAGCCAACGCGCCCCCGGCACCCCCUCCGAUGCAUGGCAGCAAAGCGCCUUCCUACAACCGGGAGAAGCCGUUACCGCCGACUCCAGGACAGCGGCUCCCCGCGAGCCGGGAUGGCCCCCCAGCACCGCCCCCCAUCAAGCCUCCCCCUUCCCCAGUGAAUGUCCGAACGGGGCCAAGUUCUCAGAACCAGUCUCUAGCUCCCCCUCCGCCCCCCUAUCGGCAGCCUCCCAGCGUUCACAACGGCCCUUCCAGCCCCACCAACGAGCUGGCCCCAGAGCUGCCCCAGAGACACAACUCUUUGCAUAGGAAGACCCCGGGCCCCGUGAGGGGCAUGGCCCCUCCUCCACCCUCUUCCGCCUCCCCGUCGCUCCAGAGUCAUCGACCCCCUCCGCCAGCCCGAGACCCUCCGAGCAGGGGAGCAGCCCCCCCACCCCCACCCCCGCUGAUGAGGAAUGGUGGCCGUGACGCUCCCCCGCCCCCGCCCCCCUACAGAAUGCAUGGGUCAUCAGAGUCUCUGAGUCGAGGGAAACCUCCGCCCCCACCUACCAGGACACCGGCUGGGCCGCCCCCUCCACCUCCGCCAGUGCGAAAUGGGCACCGAGAUUCCAUUGCCACUGUGAGAUCUUUCUUGGAUGACUUUGAGUCCAAAUAUUCCUUUCAUCCAGUGGAAGACUUUCCCGCUCCCGAGGAGUAUAAACACUUCCAGAGAACUUACCCCAGCAAAACGAACCGAGCGACGCGGGGGGCCCCGCCCCUGCCUCCCAUCCCCAGGUGAAGGCCAGCUGCAUUGCCUGGUUGUUCCUUGGCAAGGAGAUGGACCUUCUCUCCUUUCCUUGAACGGACUUCCCCCCCCCGCCCCAGGAACCUGCAUGAGAAGCUCCCAGUGUCUCGUUUUGUUUUUCCAAUGGUGCAAGGAACAAACAAACCCGGAUGAAUCCCCUCUCACCUCCAUCUAUGCAUUUCAUACCUGGACUUACCUGGGUGAGUCCCUUCCUCCACUUCAUAGCUGCAGAUCCGUGGGCCGCGCCAGACAGAGGCUUCCUGCGCCACCGUGCAGAUCUGUGCAAAAAGACUCUCCUGGUCCACAAAGUUAAUAUAACGUAGGACGAACUCCAAGCCAAGCAAGCCA